AUGGUUUGGGAGUUGUGUACCAGCAAGCAAAAGAAGAAAGAGGAUCCAAAGACUGUUCAAGUUAUCAGCCAACUAGCCGACUUGAUGCUCGGGAGUUUGGCCAUGCCCAAAUAUUCAGAUCCAGGUAGUCUAUUUAUCAAGGUAAGUAUUGGUAAGACUACUAUUCCUAACACACUAGUAGAUUUAGGUGCUACAAUUAAUGUAAUGACAAAUGAGACUAAAGAAAAAUUGGCACUUAAAGGAUUGAGACCUACACCAACAGUUCUUCAAAUGGCUGAUCGCUCAUUAGUCAGACUGGAAGGGGUAAUUGAGGAUGUAGUACUUUCUAUUGAUUCAUGGGAUUAUCCUACUGAUUUUAUGAUUUUGCAGCCAAAAGUUAAGUUGGGGGGGUGGGUAUCUCCCUUAGUUGUGGUUCCCAAAAAGAAUGGUAAGUGGCAUAUUUGUGUUGAUUAUAGAGCAUUAAAUAAAGCAACUAAAAAGGAUCAUUUUCCAUUACCAUUCAUUGAUCAAGUGUUGGACACUCUUGCAGGAAAGCGAUUCUUUUCUUUCUUGGAUGGAUUCAACGGAUACAAUAAGAUUCACAUAGCACUAGAGGAUCAUGACAAGACUACUUUCAUGUGUCCGUGGGGUACCUUUGCUUACAAUGUUCUUCCUUUUGGUUUAUGCAAUGCUCCAGCUACUUUUCAAAGGGCAGUAUUAAGUAUUUUCGCUGAUUUAAUUAAUGAUUGUGUUGAGGUAUAUAUGGAUGAUUUUACUGUACAUGGCAAUACUUUUAUAGAAGCUAAGGAUAAUCUGGAAAAGGUUGAUCCUAAAAAGAUCCAGAUAAUACAAGACUUACCAACACCAUCUACCCAAAAGGAUGUUAGAAGUUUCCUUGGUCAUGCAGCUAAAGAUGUUGUCUUUUCCUGGACCCCUGAGUGUCAAGAAGCCUUUGAGACUAUCAAAACUAAACUUGUUACUACACCAGUUCUUAGAGGUCCAAAUUGGGAGUUACCUUUUCAUAUCCACACUGAUGCUUCAGAUGCUUCUAUGGGAGCUGUUCUUGGACAAAAGGAAGAUAAUCUUUUCUAUUCUAUUUAUUACAUCAACAAGAACUUCACUAGAGAAGAGAUAAACUAUACGGUAACUGAAAAGGAGUUUUUGGCCGUUGUUUAUGCUAUUAAUAAAUUUCGGCAUUAUAUUAUUGGUUAUAAAGUAUUUGUUCAUACAUACCACUCUGCAAUUCGUUUCUUAAUGAAUAAACCUAUGGUAACUGGACGUGUUAUUAGAUGGUUGCUUCUCUUACAAGAAUUUGAUGUUACUAUACUUGAUAAGCCUGGUCGAGAAAAUGUGGUUGCAGACUUUUUGUCUAGGUUGCAGUAG